GCAAAAAGCACAUUGGUCUGCCUUUUUUACAGACAAACCUUUGUGCAGACAACAGCUAAAGCUUUCUACUCCCUCCCCUUUCCCAAGUGUUUGCAGAAUGGAUUCCCAAAGGGAACUCACUGAAGAGCUCAGACUUUACCAAUCCACCCUCCUUCAGGAUGGCCUCAAGGAACUCCUUGAAGAGAAAAAAUUUGUAGAUUGCUCUCUAAAAGCUGGUGACAGAAGCCUGCCUUGCCACAGAUUGAUUCUGUCGGCAUGUAGCCCUUAUUUUCGUGAGUAUUUCUUAUCUGAGCAAAAUGAAGAGAAAAAGAAGGAGGUAGUUCUAGAUAACGUUGAUCCCAACAUCCUGGAUAUGAUUGUCAAAUACCUUUAUUCAGCAAGUAUUGAUCUCAAUGAUUCUAAUGUGCAAGAUAUUUUUGCUUUGGCCAGCCGCUUUCAGAUCCCUUCUGUAUUCACUGUGUGCGUCUCCUACCUUCAGAAGAGGCUUGCUGUUGGUAACUGUCUGGCCAUCCUUCGGUUAGGUGUUCUGCUUGAUUGCCCAAGACUUGCAUUUUCUGCCCGUGAUUUUGUUUCAGAUCAUUUUGUGCAGAUCUGCCAAGAAGAGGAUUUCAUGCAGCUUGCCCCGCAUGAACUUAUCUCAGUUAUUUCACCUGACAGUUUAAACGUAGAGAAGGAAGAACUGGUAUUUGAAGCAGUAAUGAGAUGGGUCAGAACAGACAAGGAGAACAGAGUAAAGAGCCUGGGGGAAAUUUUUGACUGUAUACGUUUUCGUCUAAUGCCAGAAAAAUAUUUCAAAGAACAGGUUGAGAAGGACGAUAUAAUUAAAAGCAACUCAGACCUUCAGAAAAAAGUAAAGAUUAUUAAGGAUGCUUUUGCUGGAAAACUGCCUGACUCCAGCAAAAGCACAGACAAGUCAACCAAAGGGGAAGUGAAUGGCGAUGUGGGAGAUGAAGAUUUACUGCCUGGCUACCUAAAUGACCUUCCCAGGCAUGGCAUGUUCGUCAAAGACUUGAUUCUUCUGGUUAAUGACACUGCUGCAGUAGCUUAUGAUCCUCUUGAAAACGAAUGCUACCUAGCAGCCCUCGCAGAACAGAUUCCCAGAAAUCAUUCCAGUAUAGUCACCAAGCAAAAUCAGGUCUAUAUUGUUGGAGGACUCUAUGUGGAAGAGGAGAACAAGGAUCAGCCUUUCCAGUCAUACUUCUUCCAGCUGGAUAGCAUUGCUGGUGAGUGGGUUGCCCUUCCUCCACUGCCGUCAGCCAGGUGUCUCUUCGGGCUGGGAGAGUCGGACAACAAGAUCUAUGUAAUAGCAGGCAAGGACCUUCGCACUGAGGAGUCACUAGAUUCAGUACUGUGCUAUGACCCUGUGACAAUGAAAUGGGGUGAGAUCAAAAAACUGCCCAUCAAAGUAUAUGGCCAUGCAACUAUCUCAAACAAUGGAUUGGUGUAUUGUCUUGGUGGAAAAACUGAUGAUAAGAAAUGCACUAAUAGAUUAUUUGUGUACAAUCCCAAGAAAGGAGACUGGAGAGACUUGGCUCCAAUGAAAGUGCCUCGCUCAAUGUUUGGAACUGCCAUCCAUAAGGGCAAGAUUGUCAUUGCAGGUGGUGUCACUGAGGAAGGCCUUACUGCAUCUGUUGAAGCUUUUGAUCUGACCACCAAUAAAUGGGAGAUAAUGCCUGAAUUUCCCCAAGAGAGAAGUUCCAUUAGUUUAGUCACUUUAAGCGGAGCUUUGUAUGCUAUUGGAGGCUUUGCAAUGAUUCAACUUGAAUCUAAAGAAUUUGCACCUAAUGAAGUCACUGACAUAUGGAAGUAUGAUGAUGAGAAGAAGGAAUGGGUUGGCAUACUGAAAGAGAUCCGAUAUGCUACUGGAGCCUCCUGCCUGGCCACACGCUUAAACCUCUUCAAGUUAUCAAAACUGUAAACAAAAUGCUGGAAGAUAUUAUAUGGUGAGGGGGUUUUGAUAGGCUCUUCUGGUUUUAUUGCAUGAAAAUGUCCCCAAAUUGUACAGUUUUGUAGCAGCAUACUAGUCCAAUUCUUAAGAUACUUCCCAGCUAACCAGCAACCACUGAAUUUUUGCCAGUGUUUAAAUUUCUAAAGGGUUAUAAUUAAUGUUGAUUCGAUUAAGAUUUUGGCAAGAACUCAAUUUUCCACUCUGAAAUUGUAAACAACACUGGUUAGACCUCCUUGCACUCAAUACAAUCCAGGUAUUGGCAGCCUGUCCUCCAAACAAUGUGCAUAAAUUAAUCGUUAAGUUAAAUAAAACUAAUAGGUAGCUGAUUUUAUUCUAACUGGCUGUUUGUAUGGCCAGAUUUCCCCUUCUAGUAAUGUAUGUAAAUCCUGCACUGUUCAGCGAUAUCCUGGAAAUAUUCUCAGCACAGACCUCAAAAAAAUAAUUUCGCUUGGAAUUGAAAUGAAUGUUUUAAACAGAAGUGGCUUAAUAUUAUAUGGCCUAAUAAAUGCCAGUCUCAGCCAAAUUAUACUACUAGACAGAAGAGAGGGCAGAGAGAGAAAUUCACAAUAGUAGCUCUACUGUUUCACCUACGUUGAGGCUUCUGAUAACAAGGAUUUUCCACUUUUUUAUGCUUUUAUAUUUAUUUCCAAAGCAAAUAUUUAUGGAUUUUUUUCUCAGAGCUCUGAGGCCAAUAACAAGCAUUCAUGAAAAAGUCCUGAAAGAACUAUCUUUAGCAAAUCUCUGUGCCAGAGGGAUUUUCAUUUACUGUAGAGUUGAUGCAUUUUGAUGUUGAAACUUUUAACAAUUAAACUUUGUUUUUAAAACUGUAAAA